UUGGGGCAAGUGAGCAGGGCCACCAAGGCUGGUUGGAUUUUAAUUUAACGGUGAGGGGGUCGCAGCGGAUUGAAGCCCCGCUGGAUUAAUGUCGACAGGGCAGCGCAGAGUGCCACCAAGGGCUUCGACGAGCAAACGGUCCGCGCCGAGCAGAGACACCGGCUGACGGUCUCACUGUGAGCGACAGCACCGCGGAUCAGGGAAGCAGCUUUUCCAGCUAUUAGCCUGCAGCUCACACACUGUGCGCGUUGUGAGCGUUUUUCAGUCCGACAAAACACCAGGUGGAUGAAUGAUGUCUGCCGCUAGUAUUGACCCUCAGACAACGAAAGGACAAGAUGCAAGCAAAGUCUUUCCAGUGUCCGUGCAGAAUGGCUCCCUGCACCAGAAGGACGCCGUUCAUGACAAUGACUUUGAGCCCUAUCUCACCAACCAGUCUAAUCAGAAUAACAGCUAUCAGUCCAUGACAGACCCUUACCUGUCCAGCUACUAUGCCCCCUCCAUUGGUUUUCCUUACCCUCUCAGUGAGGCUCCUUGGUCUACAGGAGGCGACCCACCAAUUCCCUACCUGACACCCUAUGCCCCCCUCAGCAAUGGAGACCAUCAUUUCAUGCACGACACCGUGUUUGGGCAGCCGGGCGGACUCAGCAGCAGCAUCUAUCCUCACAGGUUUAACUUUUUCCCCGAGAACCCGGCCUUCUCAGCCUGGGGCACCAGUGGUUCUCAGGGCCAGCAGACUCAGAGCUCCGCCUAUGGGGGGAGUUACAGCUACCCACCCAGCUCUCUGGGAGGCACCCUAGUCCCUGAUGGUCAGACGGGUUUCCAUAGUGACACCCUGAGUAAGGCACCAGGUAUGAACAGCCUUGAGCAGGGCAUGCUGGGCCUAAAAAUAGGUGGGGAUGCGACUGCAAGUGGCAUGGGUGUGAAGAACGCCGGCUCCCUUGGAGGUGGCUCUGUAGCUGCAGCCGUUGCCACGGGCAACGGCGGCACACCAACUGGAAUGCCCCCUCCGAAACCGACAUCGUGGGCCGCUAUUGCUGGUAAACCUGCCAAGCUGCAGCAACAAAAGACCAAGAACAAACCUGGCCCACCCAUAGCCGCAGGAGGUCUGCCUCCACCCCCCAUGAAACACAACACGGACAUUGAUACUUGGGAUAAUAAAGGGGCCGUUACGAAGAUGGCCCCUCCUCUGCCCCCACACCACCACCACCACCACCAACAGCCCCAGCUUCACUCCCACGUUCCCAGUCUCCUGCCCCCCCUCCAGCAGUCCAUCCAAUCUGCCCAGUCCCUCGUGCAGCAGAUGACCAUGCAGGGUCCUCCACAGCAUUACCAGAACCACAACUCCGCUCCGACGCCCCAGACCCGCUGGAUAGCCCCACGCAACCGCAACUUGUGCUACGGCGGCGGCAGCUUGGACAGCGGCGGCGGCGGCUCCUCUAACGGUGGCUUCGUUGGCAACGGUGGGGGCGGGGCGGUGCCUCCGGAGCCAGGGCUGGAGUCCCACCCCGUGCUGGAGAAGCUGCGGGCGGCCCACAGCUACAACCCCAAGGAGUUUGACUGGAGCCUGAAGAACGGCCGCGUGUUCAUCAUCAAGAGCUACUCCGAGGACGACAUCCACCGCUCCAUCAAGUACUCCAUCUGGUGCAGCACGGAGCACGGCAACAAGCGCUUGGACUCCGCCUUCAGGGGCAUGAACUCCAAAGGUCCCGUCUACUUGUUGUUCAGUGUCAACGGCAGCGGCCAUUUCUGCGGCGUGGCCGAGAUGCGCUCGCCGGUGGACUACGGCACCAGCGCUGGCGUUUGGGCGCAGGACAAGUGGAAGGGGAAGUUCGAUGUGAACUGGUUGUUUGUUAAGGACGUGCCUAAUAGCCAGCUGCGCCACAUCCGCCUGGAGAACAAUGACAACAAGCCCGUCACCAACUCGCGUGACACUCAAGAAGUCCCUCUGGAAAAGGCCAAGCAGGUGCUCAAGAUUAUCGCUCAGUACAAGCACACCACCUCCCUCUUCGAUGACUUUUCCCACUAUGAGAAGAAGCAGGAGGAGGAGGAGGUGGUGAAAAAGAGCUAUGAGCCUGCCCCCAUACAGAGCCGAUCCCGAAUCGAUCAGGAUCGCCAAAAGUAAACAGAAGACGACUGUCGACGGAAAUUAGAUUUAAAAAAGGAACACAAGGACAUAAAGAAAUUUAAACGAAUAUUUUUGUUCUAUUUAAUUUUUGUUGACUUUGGCCCACGUCUAACUUUUGACCCACAAUGCUCCUGGCUCCCCGUCUUUAAGAUGUGUUCAGGGAUGAAGCUCGUUCCACCGCUUCAACAAUAAAGGAUUUUCAUGUGUUUUUAUUUUUUAGCCUUACAAAUCUCUAUCGCUACCCCGGAACUUACAUUCUUAACUAAAUAUAAGUAACCAAUAUCUGCACGUCUGCUUUUGAAGAUCUCUUGACACCAUGCUGCUGAUAUUCAGUGACUGUUCACUUUGUGGUUUGUGUGUUGGAGAAAUGUUAAGUGCUUGUAUUGGUUAAUUUUAACGAGUGAACACGACUUUAUUGACAAAUGUCUGCUAUCUGUUUGUGGCCAGUUGUAUUUUAUAUUAUCGGAUGAACAAAUUAACUUCUAUACUGCCCCUUUUUUCACGUGAGGGGUGUUUAACUUGGUUGGGAGUGUGUCCACUGAAAGUCUGUAAUCAUAGAAAUAAUCCGGCAAGGUCGUGACGUUAGGAAGCGUAAAUGUGAGGAGAGUAUCUUGAUUAAUCUAUAAACUGGUUUACAGCUGAUUCAAUUUAACAAUAAGAUGGAGAAUAUGUGGGACGUUGUCUCUCCGAGCACUAAAUUAAACGUGUAUUUUUCUUUUAUCCAGAACUGUACCUCAAAUUUAUUCUGCUGGAGAUUCAGGGAAAAGAUGUGUGUAGAGAUCAAACGCUCUUAAAGGUGGUCCCUCUCUUUCUUGUUUAAAGGAUGGAAUUACAAAUAUACUGUAUGAGUUCAGGUCUUAUCAACACAAAAUUUGCUUUCUGUCUUAUUUCCCUGUUACAGGGGCUUUUGUUUCCCCGCUCUUCAAACAGGAAGUCUCUUGUUUAUGGAUGUCUGGAGGAAAUGUAGCAUGUACUGCUUUUAAAACUCAAGCCAGGCCUGUUACUUGGAUUUUUAUUUUCUGGUUUCUUGUUCUUUCUUAACAGAAUUAUAAUCCUGGCAUCAUUUUCAUUGCUAUAACCUGUCCACAUCAUCCUCAGAAAAUGUAAGCUUUAAUGUAACGGCAUUUCUCACUGAGAUCGCCUGGAAAUGUUUAACUGUAGCAUUAUACUUAACUGAUUUAUUGUCAAGUGUAUGAAGAGCCAGAGACUAGCCUAUAUGGUAUAUGUUGUGACUUAUUUUUAAUUUUUUAAACUUGCUUGCUGUAUUGUGUGUAUGCAAGAGUGAAACAAAAGAGAGGGAGUAUGAUUGUGGAGCAAUCAGAGUUAUAUUACUGGUAUUGGAUUAUAGAAAAUUUAUGCAAAAAAAAAAAAAGGUUUUAAAGUCACCCCUGAAUUAAAUACCCAUUGUAUCAGAGGUCACUAUCACAUACUUAGAUUUGCUCAUCUCCAUUAUUAAAGAUAUACUUAUCUGUU